UCUCCCUCUCUUUUAUUCUUCCACCUCUCCUAUACUCUUCCUUGUUCUUCUUCUUUGCUCUAGUUUCUGGUAAUGGGAGGUGGCUUAGUUUUACUCGGCGGCAGCGGUAACGGUGGUUGUUCUGGGUUUUCCAAAAAUGAGUCAGCCUCGUCAAAAGUUGAGGUUGUUCCAGAGGUGAGUUCGUAUCCAGCUGAGGCCGAGCUCGAGCUAGGGCUCAGCCUUGGUGGUCUUGCAGGGAAGACUAAGGUUACCCCUGGUAGAAUCUUGACUGCCAAGGACUCCCCUUCAGUGGUUGUUCCCCAUCGAGCUUCCAUCAACGGAGGCCAUCCUCCGGCGGUUUCCGUUUCCGGGACCAAAAGAGCUGCCGAUGAUGGUGGCUCUCCUACUGCUAUCAGCAGUCAAGUUGUGGGAUGGCCACCCAUAAGGUCUUAUAGGAUGAACAGUUUGGUUAACCAAGCUAAAGCACCGAGAGCUGAAGAAAACAAAGGGACUAAUGAAGCAAAGAACCCAAAAGAAGAUGGUUCCAAACUGAAACAAAGUGUUGAAAAAUUAGUGCAUAUUGGGUACAUUAAGGUCAACAUGGAUGGUAUUCGUAUAGGAAGAAAAGUUGACUUGAAUGCUCAUUCUUCCUAUCAGAGUUUGGCUCGAGCACUCGAAGACAUGUUCCUCCUAUCCGCUAACUUCGGAGGUGUCGAGAAGGAACAACUAACGAUGGCCUCUAAGCUUUUGGAUGGAUCAUCUGAAUUUGUUUUGACUUAUGAAGACAAAGAGGGAGAUUGGAUGCUUGUAGGAGAUGUACCAUGGGUGAUGUUUCUCACCUCGGUCCGUAGGCUCCGAAUCAUGAAGACUUCCGAGGCCAAUGGACUCGCUCCGAGAUCUCACGACAGGACUGAACGGCAAAGAAGCAAGCCGAUAUAGCGUCAUUGGCAACACGAUCCAUCAUUUAAAUUCCAUAUAUAUAUUAAAAAACAUGUUCCACAGUUUGAACACAAAGAGCUAUAUGAAUCUAGCAAAGCUGAUAUUGAGUUGAAGCACACCAAUGCCAAGAUUGUUUUCGAUCUCAAAUUUUCUCGUCCUCGAUCCCGAAUCGAUGUUACUCGUCAUACUGUAAAUACAUGAGUACUGGAAAAAUCUUUAAGAGUGUUGUUUGAGGUUUUGCUGCAAUCAAAGCAGCUUAGUUCAGGUUGAAAUGUUUUCCUGUGUGUGAUUC